AUGUCUACCAGCGCAGAGACAAUCAACUUCGUCACCUGUUUUUUUGUAGAUGGGAUUGUCCGACCUGGCCAUCUCCCCAUCUACCAGGAUCUGAUCAUCAAAGCCAGGGUCGUCAAGGAUGUUUUUGCCAUGUAUUCACUGUGCGUCCCCGUUUUCAUCUACGUCGGCCCCGGAUGCCCUGCUAGACACCGCUUGAGAUCUAUUGUCAAUCAGACACAAGUGAAUGACACCCUCCUCAUGAUCACCAAGAAAAUCAUCGUUGGGAUACCAAUGUACGGCCGGUGUUUCAAAAUGACCAAGGCAGGAAGCUGGCGGCACAGCCUCGGGGGCCGCGCCAAGUUGAUGCGCCGAUACCAUGGAUUAUAUUUCCAAUCUGAGACUCAUGAUAUUCUUGUAAAUGGAGGCGUGGAGCAAUAUUACAGCGACGACAGAAAUAUCCUCAGGUAUAAUGGCCUUGAGUGGGGAGUGUCGCGGCUGAACACUGAUCCUUACCAGAAGCGACCCAACUGGGUCCAAGCGAUUAACUUUGGAAGAAUCUCUGAUUGUGCCAUUGACCUAGACGCAAACUGCGAUGCUAAUAGUGGUCUCGGUAAAGGUGGCAACGGCAGUACUAGCAAGGGUGAAAACGGGGGCGCCGGCAAGUUUAUCAUCAGCCCUGACAUCUCCAGCCAAACAGUCGAUGCUCAAGUAUCUUGCUGGCCGCCUGACAACUGUAUUUUUCACCUAUGGAUACUGGACCAGACGACCACAAUCUUGCCUCCCAAGGUGACGGUCAACUGCUUUGAGAACUAG